AUUGACUUUCCUAUACUGUAUACACCAUGACAGACGACCCCGCAGCCACACCUCGUCCAGAGACUUCUGUCAACGCAAGGCCAGCAUUUUCCGGUCAGGCUCCGAUCAAAGCCGAAUAUCUAAUCAACACCACCCCUAUCGUCGAAUCUGCCUCUGCCUCAGAGCUCAACAACAUUCACCCCGAUGAUGCCGCCGAGGGUCGUACCGAUUCCCGUGACUCCCGCGAUGGUCGUGACAGACCCGACAACAAACGGCGUAAACCCAACAAGCAAGACAAAAAAGACAAAAAAGGUCAAAAUAAGGGCCGCCACUUCCCCGUCAUCCGGGAAGCCUCUGUCCGUAUCUGUCGUGCUUGGGAAACAACAGGUAUCUGUGACCGUGCAGAUAAGGGUGAUUGCCGAUAUGCUCACAGCUGGGAAGGUUACUUUGAGGUGAAACCGAAUGAUAUCAGUUACCGUCCUGAUUGGUCCUUGGUCGGUGAGGCGCCGUUUGUGGUGGAAGGGGAAAGGGUGGUGGGCGGUGAGGAUGUGGUGGGGAAGACGCUUGACUUAGAUACGGUUUGCCCGGUGUUGAAGGACUUGGGGUACUGUCCUUUUGGGUGGCGAUGUCGGUUCUUGGGUGCGCACGUUAAGCGUGUGGCUGCUGCUGUAGACGGGGAGAAGGAAAAGGAGGCGGGCCCUGAGAAGCGAAUGGGAGAGUGGCAAGUCGAGAACUGGGUACAAAGCGAAGUGGAGAACGGGUGGAAACAAAAGGAGACGAAUUGGCCUGAACAUGAAGUGCUUAACGCUCUUCGCCGUAGUACUGCGUCAUUCCCGUUCUCUGAAGCAUACCUCAAGAAAGUUGAUCCCGACAAACCUUUUACCCUUCAAAACAAGAAACCCACCAAACAACAGCCACACAAACGCAAAAACAAUGUUCUCGACGAAGAAGAAGCUGCAAAUGGACCAACCGGCAUUCCCUCCGCUGGGGAUGAUGAGGAGAACGCUAUGAACGCCACAGAAAACGAACGGAAUGAGGAGAAGGGUAAAGUGUACGGUGAACCGGAAGCGAUUGACGUGCCACUCAGACCAGAGGAGAAGAGGAGGUUAAACUGGGAAGGUGGAAGAUAUCUCGCUCCUCUGACAACCGUCGGUAAUCUUCCAUUCCGCCGCCUCUGUGUUGACUACGGCGCCACCAUCACCGUCUCCGAAAUGGCUCUCGCCCAACCCCUCGUCUACGGCGCUAAAGAAGAAUGGGCUCUCGUCCGUCGACACGAGAGCGAAAAGAUGUUUGGUGUCCAAGUCGCCGGUGGGUUCCCGAACCGGAUGGUACCCGCCGCGGAAGUCAUUGCGAAUACUAUAGGAAAGGGUGGGGGGGUGGAUUUUGUGGAUGUUAAUAUGGGUUGCCCGAUUGAUUUGGUCUUCAACCAAGGUGCGGGUAGCGCCCUUAUGGACUCCCCUGGACGAUUGGGUAAGCUGUUGGUGGGCAUGAACAGGGCCCUUGGUGAUAUCCCUCUGACCGUCAAAUUCAGAACUGGUGUUGCGCAUGGGAAACCUAAUGCUCACAAGUUGAUUCCUCGUUUCGUCACUGAAUGGGGAGCGGGCGCUUUGACCAUUCACGGUCGAUCUCGCCAACAACGCUACUCCAAACCUGCCGACUGGGAAUACAUUAAGACUUGCGUCACCGCCCUGCGCGAGUCCGUUGCCGACGCCAACCUUCCUCCCGUUCCCAUCUUUGGAAACGGUGAUUGUUUCUCUGCUGCUUCGUAUUAUGAGGAGAUGGACAGAAGUGGGGUGGAUGGAGUGAUGGUCGCGAGAGGGGCGUUGAUCAAGCCAUGGAUCUUUACGGAGAUCAAGGAAAGAAGAGAGUGGGAUAUUUCUGCAGUGGAGAGGUUGGAGGGUAUCAAAAAGUUCGCCGAAUUCGGUCUCUCCCAUUGGGGUUCCGAUACCCAAGGUGUCAAUACCACCCGCCGAUUCCUAUGCGAAGCCCUCUCCUUCCAACACCGAUACAUCCCCAUUGGCCUCCUCGAACGUCUCCCCGCCAAACUCAACGAACGACCCCCAGCCUACAGGGGUAGAAACGAGCUGGAGACGCUUUUGGCGAGUCCGUUUGCCGGUGAUUGGGUGAAAAUUUCAGAGAUGUUUUUGGGCAAGGUGGAUGAAGGGUUUUCGUUUGUGCCGAAACAUAAGAGUAACGCGUAUGGAGGGGAAGAGGCGCAGGGCUAAAUGGCGGGUAUUGGCAUGUUGGGCGUUUUUGUGGGGAUUUUUUCUUUUUGUUCAAGGUCAUCCGGUGGGCGAGCUGUCUUGAUUACGCGACCGAAUCUAGUUUCUCGCUACUGUAUACUUUACGUACCGGCUCAUGCAUUCUACAGACUUGCUGAGAUGUUAACUGAUAGCACAUUAUUUCAUUUAGAUAUAAUG